AUGAGCUCCGCCACCGAUGUCUCGGCCGGCGCCGCCAGCGUGCGGCUCCGUCAGAAACCGGCUCUGUCUCCAUCUUCCAAUCAGCAAUCGGAGCCUGCAGCUCAGCAGGACUCGGAUCAGAAGCCGAAAAAGACUUUUGGUCGAACACCCGAUGGCACAGUCUUCACCGUUCCCACGACCCAUGACAUGGUGUCCCAGCUCCUGGAUCCCCGGCAGCCCAAGAAUCUUUCCGACGUCCUCGUGCUCGCGUUCCUUGGUGGCAUGAUCGCCAUUGCAUACCUCCUUCCUUGGGGUCUGAAGCGGCCUGUUUUCGCCCUGAUCUUCCUUUUCUGGAGAGCGUCCUACAACAUUGGCAUCGGCUAUCUCCUGACUAUCCAGUCCCAGCACCGUCGCCUGGAGACCUGGGCCACGCGGUGGAAGCUUUUUGAGCACCCAAGUACUGGCAAACAGCCCAGGCCUUGGCUGUACAACACCCUAAAGCGUGAGCUUGAGGCUAAGAUUCCCGAAGACUAUGAGUUCGAGAAGGCACCCAUGGAGUACAACACCUGGUUGACCUUCCGUCGCGUUGUUGACCUCAUCCUCAUGUGUGACUUCGUAUCCUACUGCCUGUUCGCCAUCAUCUGCGGUCACAAGCCUGAGGCGAGAGCUUCGUCAUUGGCGCCGUGCGAGCUCACUUUUGACGGUGUCUUUGAGAUGGCUCCCCACCCCAUGUACUCCAUCGGCUAUGCCGGUUACUAUGGCAUCUCCAUGAUGGCCGCGAGCUAUGAGGUGCUGUUCAUCUCCAUCGUCGCUCAUCUUGCUCAGUUCGCCUUCCUGGUCAUCGUCGAGAACCCUCUUAUCGAGAAGGGCGUACAACACGCCCCCACCUCCGUUUAUGACUCCCUAGGCGAGUUUGGCUGGUUCUUCGGUGACUUCUUCUAUGACCACCAGGCCAAGCUGACCUACACGUCCAUCUACCGUUUUCUGAACAACCCCGAGCGCGUCUUCGGCACCGCUGGGUUGUGGGGAGCUGCCCUUAUCACAUGGAGUCGAGCCAUUUUCGUCAUGGCCCUCUUCAGCCAGAUCCUGACCCUAGGAUUUAUCGCCUACGUAGAGAAGCCCCAUAUGCAGAAGAUCUACGGCCGCAGCCUCCGUGAAGAGGCCGGCUUGACCAAGUUCAUCAAACGAUCGCUUCCGCCCCCUGUUCAGGGUUGGCAACGUGGUGUUGACAAGGUCCUGGACGACACGUCGCAUUUCGUGGAGGACUUCCUCGAGGCCGCUCGUCCCAAGUUCACAUCAGGUGUCAAGACCAUUGUGCGUGACACGACAGCCCUGUUCAACACAUAUCCUGCGCGCUUCACCAUCACUAGGCUCUCGCUCGACCUUGCUGGCUUCAACCCCAAGCACUACUCUCUGGUGGUGGAGGGAACUCCGUCUAGUCUAUCCGCGGCCAACGAGCGCGCGACUGGCAAGGAGAGCGUCACGGCCCGGUUUCCUCAUCGGGUCGAGACGCUCAUGUUCGAGUAUGGUGCACCUCUCAAGGUGAAGUGGCGGGCCCCCGCGAAUCACGGCAGCAAGGACUGGAUCGGUCUGUACAUGGUCACAGACAAUCACUCGCGAGAGGCUACCGAAGUUCCCUCGCUCGGUCGCUGGGUUCCUACAACCCCCGGCCAGUAUGACGCUACCGCCGACAAGGCCAUCCUCGUUCCCGACCAUCCUGUCUCCUCCGACGGCUCGACUACCCUCGUCGAAGGCGAGGUUGUAUUUGAGGGUGAUCGUCUCUGGUGGACGUCCGGCGUGUUUGAAUUCCGCUACCAUCACAAUGGCAAGCACAACGUCAUGACCAUAUCUCAGCCCUUUGAGGUUCGUAUCGGCCGCUUCGACGAAGAAGAUGUUGAGGUCGACUCGCUAGGCGUCUACGAGAAGGCCGUUGAACAGGCCUUGUUGCCACUUGUGCGAAACUGCCUUGACCGCGAUCCGGAUAUUGCACCCACGACGGUCGACGAGCCCUUUGGCGGGCACGUUGAGCGGGACAGCAAGUAUGCGAAGCGUGUUGUGUAUGCCAUUCACCAGGCAUUCGGUGUUGAGUUCGCGCCGGCCGUUGUGCCGGCGGACGGCAAUGUAAAGAAGCUGGCGUGGCGGAUUUGCAACGCGAAGCAAGUCUUGCAUGUCUCCAUCCAAGGGAACGACAACGCCAUUAGAGAAGGUUGA